AUGGUGGCUCACAUUUUUGUAAUCGGCUGUUCUGAGCUGCAUUUGCUAAAUACGAAGAAGUUGAAUUUGGAUUGGAAGGAAGCAGCAGAAUUGAGAAUAGGACAGCUUAAUGAGAUGGAUGAAUUCCGUCUAAAUGCUUAUGAAAGAGAAAGUCUCUAUAAAGAGAAGAUGAAGGAGUACCAUGAUCAGAGAAUCAUGCAUCGAAGCAUUCAAAAAGGAGACCUGGUACUACUUUUCAACUCUAAACUCAAGCUAUUCCCAGGUAAACUAAAAUACAAAUGGUCAGGGCCAUUCAUGGUAAAUCAAGUCUACUCGUCUGGAGUAGUUGAACUUGAAAGUAAAGACGGAGGUGUCUUUAAAGUUAAUGACCAACGUGUUGAACUGUAUAUCGGGCCUAAUGACUUGGUAAAAAGUAUUUCUAACAUUGAUCUUGAGGAAAUUGAGUAA